UUCUUGUCGAUUCUUUCGACACUCCAAAGGCUCAUGAUAUCCUCCGUUCCUUCUGAGUUUGACCCAGAAGACAGUCCAGAAUGCCAUGGUGAAGAAGAGUCCAAAACCUCCCAAAGGGAAGUGACCUGGGAUAACGUGGAUUAUGCCACACCUCACGAUUUACACGUCUUCAUUGUCACCAAUAGGGGACGGUGAGACGUUCUAUGCGCUUUUAGCGCGCUAACAAGGCUGCAACCUCGGGGGGGGCGGCCCACUCGAAAACUAGAACAGCGCAUUUAGUGAUCCACUUGCUUUACGGUGCUAUUUUCAAAAAAUGAGAAACUAGCACCCUCUAGAUCCUACGUAUGUCGUGAUGCACUCCAUGAGAAUCGCAUAUUGGACUCGGGUAUCCAUUUUGCAAACUCUUGGUGGUGCCUCGGGGAUUUCGCUCCGACGUGAAUCAUGCUCAAGAGCAGAUAUGAAGGGCUGAAGGAAGUCGCAUCGACGCCUGCGGAGGCGCGGCCAGUGAGAUGCAACCGCGAGGAAUUUACCGAUCCAGUCGAGCGGGAGAACGCUGAAUUUGCCACGCUUUAUAGUGUCUGUGCCUUCCGGCUAGGAUGCUUCGAGGCAGCCUUGGAAGCUGCUUGCGUGGCUUGUGAGAUCGACCCUACAGAUCCUAGGCCGUUCGCUAUGAGAAUCUACCUCAGAGUUCACUCUAUGAAGCAACCGUAUUUGUCGGAGCUCAAGGCGGACACUGAGAGACUGAAUCACUUGAGGAGUGAUGGACAGCGCAAGGCCUUCGAGAUCACUAAGUCUAUAGUCUUGGACCCAGACUGGAAGAAAUUCAUGAAGGUCCUGAAUAAGCACUUCCCCAGGAGCUACAGGAUGUCACCUGGAAAGGAGAGUGCGCGUUAUCUAGAUCAAGGCCGCCGAGGGUCGAUACCGUACUAUACUAACCGUAACGCCUACCGCUUGUCAAUUGAGCGGAGGUACCGCAUUCUAUCACGAACGGGUGGACGAGCAGCACCUUAUCAGCUCACUGGCUUCCUAUGGGGUAAGCGUAAAGUCACACAAGCAGCUGGGCAUUCUUGCGCCACUGAAUGCCCCUACGAUAUUAUCAUGUCACCAUCGGGCAACAGCCUCUUCGUCUCUGGCAGGGACGGCUGCAUCCAUAUACUCGACUCGUCCAACAUCAGCUCCACACGUGGUGAAUCCGAACAAGGCAAUCUCAAAAUGAUCGGUGUAUGGGCUGUGAGGUUCAUCGGGGACUGGCAAGCAGCAGCAGGCUCAAUGAUGGGCGGAGUCCACCUUUACGACCUGUCGAGGGAGAUGACAUACUGCACGACCUACAGCCACAAUGGUGCUGAUGUUAAUGCUCUGUGUACCCCACAUGCCGAGUCCGGUCAUAGGACACUGCUGUUCUCUGGUGGAGAUGAUGGCACGAUAAGCAUGUGGGAUACUCGAAGAAUGCGACGGCCUGCUGGGGUGUUGGUGGGGCAUACGGAUGGUAUAUGCAGCCUACAUAUGUCCGAUGCUAGCUGGCACUACCUGUGCUCGAAUGCUAAGGACCAGAAGGUUAAGUUGUGGGAUUUGAGGACGGCUCCUGUGAAUGUGGUGGAUUACCACACCAAGCACCAAGCAGCGCCAUGUAACCCGGCAUGGGAUUACCGUAGUCAACCAUACCCAGGGAAUCCCCUCCUCGACUGCUACACCCAUCCACACGAUAAGUCUCUGUACACUUUUGUCGGUCACAAGGUUCACCGGACGCUCAUUCGUGCUCGGAUGUCGCCUAUGCGCACCACGGGAGGCCGGUACUCACUCAAUUCAAUUUCGUGGUGCAGUGAUGGUUAUCUGUUACCGGUACAUCCUUUCCGGCAGUGCCAACGGCAUCAUACAUAUAUGGGACCUGCAGAACCCUUCUCCUUUUGGCAGAACCUUCCGAGCGAUGGGGGAGCGGCUCACAGAUGGGGACACGGAGAUUGGCGACAACGACAGUCUGAGCGACGACGACGACUGGUAUGACAGAUCGCAUACCACUCGAGCAGUUACCUGGCACCCAACACUUCCAGCGGCACUGUAUGCCUCUUGGGACCUUCAGGUCCGUAUGCUGUCAGCAUAGUCACAAGUAGCUCAGUAG